GUGUGAUCCGCCGCCAUUUGCCUCGGGCGCUCGGGUAGCGAGCGGGUGAGAACGGCAUGUCGUACUUCAUCCCGCCCGUCAACUAUGGCAUGAUCGAGGAGGACCUGUAUCGAAGCGGCAUCCCGAACGAGCUGAAUUUUCCCUUCUUGGAGCGCCUAAACCUGCGCAAAAUCGUGUACUUGGCACCGGAAGAGCCGAACGCGCAGCUCCUGAGCUUCGUUGAAGAGCAAGAGAUCGAACUUAUUGUGCUAGGCGGCAACACGAAGUUGGAAAACCGACGAAAGGCAUGGGAACCCAUGAGCGAGGAAACGGUGCUCGCGGCGCUCGACAUUGUGCUGGACCGUGGCAACUACCCGCUAUUCCUCACGUGCCAUCUCGGACGCGACCGCACUGGCGCCGUCGUCGGGUGCCUACGCAAGAUUCAACAAUGGCACCUCAGCUCGAUUUUUGAAGAGUACCGACGCUUUGCUGGGUCGAAAGUGCGGCUACAAAACGAGCAGUUCAUCGAGUUGUUCGACACAGACCUGGUUACGAUCCCUGCAAAUCCACCCAACUGGAUAAAGACCCACAUGUACAAUCCAUAGAUCGAUGGCACAGUUUGACGAUCACAGCAGUCGUUUAUACUGCGUUGCCCCAUUUCCAUCAGCGGCGCAGUAAUACACACGCUUAGAGCAACUUAAACACCAGCAUCUAUCUCCGUUCGCCAUGAUUGCCGACCACACUGUGGUGGGCAUGGUUGUCGAUAAAGAUAUCGAAAGAUGGUUGCUUGAAUCUGCUUAAAACGAGAUGGCACCGCCCACUUGUUCCAAAGCGCAAUCGAUUUGGUCUUGG